GAAUGAAUUUUUUGCCUUAAACAUUUCUUGGUGCAUGGGGUGCAGGCAGGCCAUAACCCCGAACAAGCCAUCUGUCCCUGGCGGAAACAGGACUGGGCUGCUGCGACCCCCGAGAUGGUCUCCCUGCGACCACCCAGAACACACCGAGCCUGCACUGAACGAGACCGCAAUCGGGCAGAGACUUUGGGAUCUGGACUGUAAAUUAUUGUCCGUUUUUAGCACAACUUCUAUAAAACCUGCUUGGCAUGAGUGGCUAAAUUUGCUGAAGCCUUAGGCCGCACUCCCUAGUACAGUGAGAAAGGGCCCAGAGCUGCUGCAGGCGGGAAUGAUAAGGGCGUUACCAGCAAUUUGCAUUCCUGUGCACUGCUGAAACGGUGCUAAUUGCUGGAGUUACCACCUCUUUGUCAAGACCUUGAGAGAUGAUGGUGGGACCCGAGGAAGGAAGACACACCUAUAGGAAGGAAGACACACCUGUCUGCAGAAACUGCAACAGAAAAGAUAAGGGAGAAAAGAAACAGCCUGCCUAGGAACAACGAUGAGAUCCAAUAAGGAGCAGGAGACCCCAGACUCAAAAAUUACUAUUGGUCUGAACUACCACGUGGGGGGGUGGGAAACUUAAUUUGAAAAAGCUAUAAUUGCCCAGGGAUCUCUUUGUUCAGGGUCCCUCUUUGGAGGUACCCAACUCGAGCUGUAACCACUGCACGCGUGUCAUUCCGAGCUAACCUAGGGUCGGACCCAACUCGAGUUGUAAUUACUGCACGCGCACCACCAAAACUUACACCCAGGGUGAAGAGGACCCACCUACCACCAGACGGGAGCCCCCCCCCCACUGCCGAGACUCCCAAAGGAAGAGGACCAACAGGACGCCGCUGGAUCCACGGGGUGGUGGUCUGACCAAGAUGCACCUACUGCUCUGGACCAUCCUGAUUCAAGGAUGCAUCCACGAGGGCAACGAACGACCACUCCCUCUACCUUCCCCCAACUCAUUUAAUCUCUUCGAGAACAACGAGUUCGUGUUGCUGGUGAAAGCAGUAAGCCAAACUUUCAAUUUAAGCCACUGCUGGGUUUGCGGAGGACCGCUAGGGUUAUCAAGCUGGCCGUGGACAUCCACAUCCCUCACCCCAGACCAGAUCGUAAGCAAUUACAGCGAAACCGUGGACGACAUGUGGGACGACAGUGGGACCUGGCCAAUUCAGUUUCCAGCCAUGGAGCAAUAUUGUUUAAUUCGUACCCAGGAGGGAGGGAUCGAAGUGGGGGAAAGUAAAUGUCGAUGGACACUCACUCAUAAGCCGCUCGACAAAAACAGGAAUCUCCACCUAUGGAUGUGGCUCAAUGAAACGGGGUGUCAUCGGGGACUUGAGGGAUACUGGUCAAACAAAAACAAAACUUUAACUCCCCAACGACCCAAUUAUCCCCCUUACAAGCAAACCUGCAAAUGGGAAGGCACUUCUGGGGCUUGGAAUUAUACCGGCCAAAUAGGUGAUGGGGCAACCACAUUUUUCAGCCCUCUGGGCGACAGAGACACAACUUACUUUCAAUUCCCACCAGGGAUAAACGGGCCAUUUGCUCAGGGCAUUGGAGCUAAGAAGGGGCAUUAUUGGAUCUGCAGACACACAGCAUAUAAAUUUUUACCCGCGGGGUGGUCGGGAAUUUGUUAUACGGGGAUUAUCAGACCUUUGUUUUUCCUUUUACCAGAAACAGGCGGACCUUGGUUAGGCAUAAAAGUAUAUGAUAACCUCGGAGACAGAAGGGUUGCCCGUAAGACGCGAUCCAUUAAGGUAGAUUUGGGUGAGAUGCAAAAAUGGGGAAAUAAUGAGUGGCCUCCUGAACGAAUAGUUCAACAUUACGGGCCUGCAACCUGGAAUCCUAAUGAACUAAUAUCGGGGGCAAGAGAACCAAUUUACAACCUAAAAGUGGCUCUAGAAAUUAUUACCAACAAAACCGCUGAUGCAAAAGAUCUUUUAACUCUGCAGUCCCAACAGAUGCGCACGGCAAUCCUUCAGCACCGCAUGGUUUUAGACUAUCUGUUAGCUGAAGAGGGAGAGGUGUGUGGGAAAUUAAAUAUUUCCAACUGUUGUUUAGAAAUAGAUGAUGUAGGGGAGGUAGUUCUCCAGUUAACCAAAGAUAUCAGAAAAAUAGCCCAUGUCCCCGUCCAAACCUGGAACGGCUGGAGUGGCAAUUUGUGGUCCUGGUUACCGGGGGCACCGUGGGUGAAACAGUUAAUAUUGUAUUUGUUAGGUGCAGUUGCCGCUUUAAUGUUUUUACCUUGUACAAUUCCUUGCUUUGUUCAAUUAAUCCGACAUGCAAUUUGUUCCUACCACCUCACCCGACAGCAUAAAGAAAAUCCGUGCCAUCUAUUGGCCACAGCCAACCACAGUACCCAUCAUUUAAACCCAUUCCCAGUUUACCCUGAAGGAGGAAAUUGCAUAUUGACAUCCAUACCGCAUUUGCCACCAUAUAGUAACAGUCCUUGUAAGGCAAAUUGUGGGAUAAGCAUCAACCAGGAGAGGAAGAUCAGAAGGCCUAAUUAG